GUUCACAGACCCGCACAAAUACGUCUUCAAGCGCGUCCGAGUGCGGUUAGAUUUCGGGAUAAACCUCUCAAUAUGAUGUCACUGAGAGCCUUCGUGGGGGAGAGACUGUCCGCAGCGGCGGAGGAGAUUUUUGAGGCUGUUGAAAGGACAAUAGGUGAAUACAAAGACGAGAUUUUCCGCUUAAAAGAUUUAGAAAUCAGUCGCCUCAAGAUGGAACUGAAGAUCCUGAAGUCAGAGUCCGGGUCGGACACGUGUGUGGAAGCAGAGCUACUGCAACACCCCCAGCAUCAGCAGCAUCAGCAACAUCAGCAUCAGCAACAUCAGCAGCAGCAGCAGCAGCAGCAGCAGCAGCAGCAGCAGCAGCAGCAUCCUCCGUCUCCUCCAUCUCCUCCUGGUGACCUGCAGCGCCACCACGACCACCACCACCACCCAUCUCCACCCGGGUCUGUCUCUGAGCCCCAGUCCUACGAAGAUCCCGGAGACAGCAACAGCAUGGACCAGGAGGAACCCGAGCCCUCACGGAUCAAGACGGAGGAGGAGGACGACAAGAUCCCCAAGCAGUUCUGGAUGCACAAUGAUGGAGAGGAUGUGGACGACCUGGAGCAAGAGUAUAUCUCAUCUUCCUCCGGUCUCAAAACAAGUGUGCAUGACAUGCAUGACCACACCGUGCAUUACCACCCUUUUCUGGACGGCAGUAUCGGCGAGGAGAGCAAAGAAAGCAAACCCUACUGCUGCUCUGUGUGUGAAAAGCGCUUCAGUAACUGCUCUCACCUGGCAGCUCAUAUCCGGACUCACACCGGAGAACGACCGUACAAAUGUGAUUCAUGCAAUAAGACCUUUAUCACGACAAGUGCUCGGAAUAGACACCAGACUAUCCACACCGAGGGGAAACGCUUUGUGUGUACUAAUUGUGGUAAAUCAUUUAAAUGGAUGGAGUCUCUUGGCAGGCACGUGAGAAGUGUGCACAAGAACGACAUCAUACCUGAAUGAUGGAAUGUAAACCAAUGUCCAGUGGGUUAGUGAGGAUGUAAUUAUAUGUUCAUGUGUGGGUUAGCUAUAAUUCACUCGGUACGCUUUGGGAAUGGUUGUAAAGUGUGAUUAUAUCACAGUCCUGAAGUAUGUUUGUAAAUGUGCAUGAACCUAACUAAGCUUUUAGAAUGUAAACCCUAGCAGCAGAUGAUGAUGGGCAGGUUUUUUUUAACACAUAAUUCACCACUUUUAUUAUUUUACAAUUAUAAAUUCAGUAUCUAAACAGAAAAAAUUGUUUCAUACUUUUCCAUUUGUGCUGCUGAAGCCAAGGAGAGAUACCGCGGGUGUCCAGCAGGUGGCAGUAGCAGGUUAUCAAUUCAUAUUUCACAUCAAUCUUCUGCUCUUGGCAGCGUUAAGAUACUCUGUUCAAGCAUUCAAGAGGGUGGACUUUCUUUUUUAUGUGAACUGGCACUGCUUUUAGCCCGUAGCUGCUUGAGAGAGGUCCGUUCAGCACUUGGGCCCUCACCUGAAAAACAUAUGAAGCAUUAUAAAUCUGCAUGUGACAAUUCUUCUUUGAUCAUAAAUGCUAUCAUCCAGUUAGACCUGCUGUUUAAACUGCUUUUUUUUUCAUUCUUUUAAAUAAAAUUGUGUUGGAUCACAAUCUGAAAGUGUGAACAUUUUAAAUAUCAAAUUCCGAUUCAAAAAGUGAUUUUUAUUUUUUUAUAAUUUUUUACAAUGUAGUAAUUUUCCCCCCA